ACAUCCAAGACAGCCUGCUUCCACUUUGAAAUGAACCAAAAGUAAGGCGAGGAGAAAGAAACAUAACACCGGGAAGAAAAGAGCAAAGAGAAAAAGAGAGGCGCUCAAGGGAAGUAAUGAAGAGCAGCACAUACCAAAGUCCACUGUGAGAUAGAGAAGCAACAACCACCACCUUUUUGGCAGUCAUGAGCCAAACAGCAGCCACUACCGAGCCACCCAGCAACAGGCCUGAAGAGAAGAGGUUCGCCUUUGAAGUUCCUGACAUCAUCGUUGUUGUCAUUUAUUUCAUCUUUGUCCUUGCUGUGGGAAUAUGGUCUUCUUUUCGAGCCAGCCGGGGAACAAUUGGUGGCUAUUUCUUGGCUGGAAGAUCCAUGACAUGGUGGCCUAUUGGAGCAUCUCUGAUGUCAAGCAAUGUGGGGAGUGGCUUAUUUAUUGGCCUAGCAGGCACUGGAGCUGCAGGAGGUCUUGCUGUCGGGGGCUUUGAGUGGAACGCUACUUGGGCAUUGCUGGUCCUGGGCUGGAUCUUUGUACCAGUUUACAUCUCUUCAGGAGUGGUCACGAUGCCAGAAUAUCUGAGGAAAAGAUUUGGAGGGCAGAGGAUUCAGAUCUAUCUGUCUGUACUGUCCCUUGUUCUGUAUAUAUUUACCAAAAUUUCAACAGAUAUCUUCUCUGGUGCACUUUUUAUCAAAGUCUCCCUGGGUUGGAAUCUUUACCUCUCAACAGUGAUCUUGUUAGCAGUGACAGCUGUCUACACUAUAGCUGGUGGUUUAACUGCUGUGAUAUACACAGAUGCUCUGCAGACUGUGAUCAUGGUAGCCGGAGCUUUGGUUCUUAUGUUUAUAGGUUUUGAUAAAGUUGGGUGGUAUGAAGGACUGCAAGAGAAGUAUAGUAAAGCAAUACCCAGUGUCAUUGUCCCAAACACGACAUGUCACUUGCCACGGCAAGAUGCUUUCCACAUGAUGAGGGAUCCCAUUACUGGGGAUAUUCCUUGGCCUGGGCUUAUAUUUGGCCUCUCAGUGCUUGCUCUUUGGUGCUGGUGCACUGAUCAGGUAAUCGUGCAAAGGUCACUCUCAGCAAAGAACCUCUCUCAUGCUAAAGGUGGAUCGGUGCUGGGUGGAUAUUUGAAAAUCUUCCCAAUGUUUUUCAUUGUCAUGCCAGGCAUGAUUAGCAGAGCUCUCUUCCCAGAUGAUGUGGGCUGUGUAGACCCAGCAAUCUGUGAGGAAGUCUGUGGCGCCAAAGUGGGUUGUUCAAACAUUGCCUACCCUAAACUGGUAAUGGAACUCAUGCCUGUAGGACUCCGCGGUUUGAUGAUUGCUGUGAUCAUGGCUGCCUUGAUGAGCUCUCUCACCUCUAUCUUCAAUAGCAGCAGCACACUCUUUGCCAUAGAUAUCUGGCAGAGGCUCCGUAAGAAGGCCACUGAGCAGGAACUCAUGAUUGUUGGAAGGGUGUUUGUCCUUAUUCUCGUUGCCAUUAGCAUCUUCUGGAUCCCCAUCAUCCAGACAGCAAACAGCGGCCAGCUCUUUGACUACAUUCAGUCAAUAACCAGUUACCUAGCGCCACCCAUCACUGCACUCUUCGUCCUAGCAAUCUUCUGCAAGAGGAUCAAUGAGCCAGGAGCUUUCUGGGGCCUGAUCUUUGGACUAGCAGUUGGUUGUGUUCGGAUGGUUAUGGAGUUUAUCUAUAUGGCGCCCUCCUGUGGUGAGGAAGACCAAAGGCCAGCCGUGUUGAAAGACGUGCACUAUCUGUACUUUGCUAUCAUCUUGUGUGCACUCACUGCUGCUGUCAUUGUCUUUGUUAGCCUCUGCACACCACCAAUCCCAGAAGAAAACCUGGCCCGAUUAACAUGGUGGACUAGACACAGCAAAACACCUGGAAAAGACCUGGAGAACCACAUCUACCAAAGCACAGAAAUGACUUCCAUCAACGGAGAAUUUUUUUUAGACACAAUGCAAUCAGAGAAUGGAGAUUUAGCUCAUAAAGAAUAUGGAGAAGUAAAGCAUCCUUACUGGAAGAAGUUAUAUUUCUGGUUCUGUGGGAUUUCCAGGAACCCCAAGCCCACUUUAACUAGAGAGGAAGAAGCUGCCCUUGAGAAGAAGCUGACCAGCAUUGAGGAAGAGCCAGUGUGGAAAGCGGUUUGCAAUGUCAAUGCUAUCGUUCUUUUGGCUAUCAACGUCUUCUUAUGGGGCUACUUUGGAUAAUCAAACUCAAAUGAAUCGAUUGCUUUGACUCAAUUUAGAUCAAACAAAGGCAUCAAGUGACAGAAAUGGAUUCAUCUUGGAAAAAAAACAGGUUCCAAGCCCUUAUUCAAGCAUGGACUUCCAGGGUGGCUUUGGAGAGGCUCCCUGUCUGUCAACUUCAAUAUUCCUAUUCACACAAAUAAGAAACAAUCUUGACCUACUUCACAGGGUUGUUGUGAAAACCAGCAAGAUAAAGCG